AUGUCACAUCAUCAUAAAGAUGAAAUUUCAAACCUUAUGAAUCGCUAGUAAAAUUAGUAUAGAGCUUAUUCACAAAAUCCUCAAAUGUUUUAUAAUUAAACAAUGAUAUCACCAUAGAAAAAAUAAGUUUAAACUGAAUUACUUUUAUAAACUAAUAAUGAAUAGCAAAUCUUAAUCUAGUAUUAUGUUUAUCAAGAUUUUUAAAAUUUGAUCAAUCUAUUAUAUUCUCUGGAAGCAGUAAAAAAUUAUUUUUAAAAUUAACCUAAUCAUCCUUUAAUAACUUUAAGCAGAAAUAAAAUAAUUUUAUAACUAAAUAUUUCUAAUACAAUCCAUUAUGAUUAAUAUGUAUCACAUAAAAGUUCUUCUAAUAUAAAAACUUUAAAUGAUUAAAAAGAAAAUGUUUAAAAAAUGAUAAAAAAUAUCAAACUCGACUUAGAUUUUGAGUGCUAGAAUUAUCUUGAUUCAUAUUAGGAAAAUAGUUUAAAAUAAAUUGUUACAAUUAAUUAAAUUUAAUAAUAAAAAAGCUUUUAGAAUUACAAUUUUAACCAAAAUAUAUUAUAAUCAAUUAUUCCUCAAAUUUCUAUUGUGGAUUAAAGAAUUUAACUAUUGAGACAAUCUAAAUAAUCUUAUAUUCCUUCUGAAUCAGAGGUUAAACAAAAAGCUAAGUAUUUAAUAAUGAUAUUCGCAUUAGAGAGUACUAACAACUGACCUUAAACAAAUUAUCAAUAAAUUAUCCAAAUUUUAAAGAUAAAACCGAAUUAAGUCACCAAGAAGAUUCUCUGAGCUCUUACAUUAAUGAUUAAAGUUAAUCGAAAUAUAAUUAACAUUUGAGUCAAUCAGCUGUUAUGAGCUCUCAUUUUCUAAAUAAUAAUAAAAAAAAAUUUUGA